GAUCCCACUCAGUCUAGUGGAGCACCUCGCCGAUUACGGUGGUGUAGAUCGAUCGAAAGCGCAACUUUGGAAGAAAUACGCACCGCGCAAUUACACAGUACUGUAUUGAGAGUUGUCCGGCGGUGGAGUAGAGCUGCAAUCGACUGAAACGCAGUCUCGCAAUCGACCUCGUGGUGGUUGGACCGGUUUUCGCGCGCGCGCCCGCCUACUGUUUUAGAGGUGUUGUCUUUGAUUAUAAGGUGAUCGCGGAUCGGUGAUCUUGCACAUAUUGCAGUUGUGACGACAAUCAGCAGAGUGACCACAGUGAAUAGUGGUAGCAAACGAUAGCCGCAGUCAAUCAGGAAAGCAGUGGAAUACUUCGGAAAAUAUGAGGAAUCUCCCAGCCAUCGUGCUACUCUUGGUAGCACUAUCAGCCCGCACCAUCCACGGUCAGUGUCUGGCCCAGGACGACAACAUUCAGCACACAAAGGCGGACAAUCCGCUGUCCCGGAAUCGACUGUACAAGGGUGAAUCCAUUUUCACCCUGAAACUGCUGGAGGCCAUCAACACCGCCACCCCAACGGAGAAUGUGUUCUUCUCGCCGUACAGUCUUUACCAUGUGCUGCUGUUGGCUUACUUUGGAGCGAGAACCGAAACGGAGAAAAUGCUUCGGACUGGCCUGGAACUGCACUGGACCGAAGACAAGCCAGUCGUUUGGCAGGCGUACAACAUUGGCAAGAAGUCGUUGGCAGCUCGAUUCGGCCAGAGCGCGGACAUUCAGUUCACCUCGGUCGACAAGCUAUUCUUCGGCAAGCAGGUCGCCAUCCGUGAGUGCAUGGAGGACAAAUUCUUCGAGGAAAUCGAAAAGCUAGACUUCGAAAAGGAUGCCGACGGUCAACGGCUGUACAUCAACAACUGGGUGGAGAAUGUUACCCAGGGUGAGAUUAAGGACCUGCUGAUCCCUGGAUCCAUCACCAAGCAGACCAAACUGGCCAUUGCCAAUGCUGCCUACUUCAAGGGAACUUGGCAGACUGAAUUCAAGCCAGAUCAAACCAACAAGGAAAUCUUCUACGUUUCCAGUGAACGCCAAGCGUUCGUCGACAUGAUGCAUGUCUUGGGAACCUUCAACCACGCUGCCAACGAGAAGCUCGGCUGUCACGUCCUGGAGAUGCCCUACAAGGGUCAGGACGAAUCAACUCGCAUUUCGAUGUUCGUCUUCUUGCCACCGGCUGCCCCGAACUCUCUGGAUAAGGUGUUGGCCCGGCUGACCUCCGACACCGGCAUCCUAAGUGAAAUCGUCAACGAAGGCAUCCCCCGCAUGGUGGACGUCAAGUUCCCCAAGUUCAGCAUCGAGAAGACCGUCGAGCUCAAGCCGGUCCUGGAACGGCUAGGUCUGGGCAAAAUGUUCGAGAACGGUGCUGAUUUCUCGGCUUUCUCGGAUAAGGAGCAGAUCGGCUUCGACGAAAUCCUCCAGAAGUCGAAGAUCGAAGUCAACGAGAAGGGCUCGACGGCCGCCUCCAGUACGGUGCUGUUCAGCUUCCGGUCGUCGCGGCCCGUUGAACCGGCCAUGUUCCACUGUAACCAUCCGUUCGUUUUCCUCAUCUACGAUUAUGGCACCCAAGCGGUGCUGUUCAACGGUGUCUACCGCCAGCCGGAGUAACAAUGUGAUACAGUGGCGGAAUGUUCUAGGUUGUAGGACUUUUUUUUUUUAAUUUGUAUGCAUACUUUAUUCAACCCACACAGAAGGUAGAUAACAUUUUCAACUGUGGAGAAUUGAUCCCGCUGGCAGUGAGCUCAGCGGAAUCGCGCUAACCAAACCGUUUUCUUUUAUUUAUUAAAGAACAAAGAUGAGACCAAUCGAGUGAGCAUGUAACAAUCGAAAAGGAUUUGAAUCCAAACAAAGUACGAAAAUAAACUGUGUUUUAAACUGAACAA